AUGGGCAUGGGAUACACGGGGGGCGCGGCUCCUCUGAGCUCAGGGCCCCUGGCGAUGGGGACCGGCAGGCGAACGCGUCUUCACCGCACCGCGAACGGUAGCUCGGGGUGCAACCCAGCUAGGAGCGGGUCUGCUGGGUGGGGCUCCCUCCCCGUUACAGGGGUGGGACCUGGAGCAGCGAGCGCGUCUGGGCAGCUGCGCUCAGAACGGGAAAAGCUUCACCAAAGGCGUUGUGGGGCUCCACGCCUGGCUGAAGGCACUGAUUUCUACCCUUCUACCCGCAGGAAUUGUUUGAGGAGAAGAGAUGCUGGUUUGUUGAAUCAGUUGCAAGAACUUGACAAGCAGAUCAGUGACCUGAGACUGGAUGUAGAAAAGACAUCUGAAGAGCACCUGGAGACGGAUAGCCGGCCUAGCUCAGGGUUUUACGAACUGAGUGAUGGGGCUUCAGGAUCCCUCUCCAAUUCCUCUAACUCCGUGUUCAGUGAGUGCUUAUCCAGUUGUCAUUCUAGCACCUGCUUUUGCAGCCCCCUGGAGGCAACCUUGACCAUCUCAGAUGGUUGCCCCAAAUCUGCAGAUGUGAAUCCCAAGUACCAGUGUGAUCUGGUGUCUAAAAAUGGGAAUGAUGUCUACCGUUAUCCCAGUCCACUGCAUGCUGUGGCUGUGCAGAGCCCAAUGUUUCUCCUUUGUCUGGCGGGCUCCCCUCUGAGGGAAGAGGAACGGCUUGAGAAUCAUGCCAGUGACAUUUGUGUGGGAUCAGAACUCGGCGCCACCAAGACAGACGAUUCCUUACCAUCCCCGGGCAGUCUGUGGCCAGCCUCCCAACCUUCAUCCAGUAAGAGAAUGGAUGGCUACAUCUUGAACCUGGUCCAGAAAAAACCGCAUCCCGUACGGACCAACAAACCCAGGACCAGUGUGAACGCGGACCCCACGAAAGGGCUUCUGAGGAAUGGGAGCGUGUGUGUCAGGGCUGCCGGCUCCCAGGUCAGCAGCAUGAACCUGAAGAAUUCCAGGCUGGUGUGUUUGCCCUCUGGCGGAAUGCCCUCCCUGGACAGCGGGACCUUCUCCCCGCUGAAGCAGCGGGCAAAGGAAUUAAAAGCAGAACUGGAAGGCAAGAGGCUGCUAGUUCCCGAGGGCUGCUUAGCAGGGGCCGCCUUGGAGCUGCCAAGCAAGCAUCUGCCCAAAAAUGCCAAGGCAGCCUCCCAGGAACAGGCUCGGGGUCCUGCUGCCGCAGGGCCGGUAGAGCCCCUUAAGGAAAGUGAGCAGACAGCCGCCUCUCCGAGAGAGAGCCCAGGCCGGGCCCCCGGGUCCCCGAAAGAGCACAGAGCUGUGCAGCCCCUGAAAAGGAUGGCUCAGAAGAGCAGUCUGCAGCCCACCCCAGCUCCCCCGCCUCCCCUGCUGCUGCCUGUGGCCUUCGCGGUGGAGGAGGGGCCGGCCGUGGACUUCAAAAGCGAGGGCUCCUCUUCUCAAAGCCUGGAGGAAGGGCCCCUGGUCAAAGCACAGUUCAUCCCGGCCCAGCAGCCGGGCGUCAGGCUUCACCGCGGCCACAGGAACGCGGGCGGCUCCAGAAGCUCCACUCUGAGGCACCGUGGCCAGGCCCUUCAGGGGCUGGAGAGUGGCUUGCCCUCGGUCCGGGAGAAAACCCGGGUGGCUGGCAAGAAGUGUCGUUUUCCGGAAGACUUGGAUACAAAUAAAAAGCUCAAGAGAGCCUCUGGCAAGGGCCGCAGGGGUGGGGGCGGGGCCGAGGGGCUUCCCAGCAGGCCCUUGGGCACCAGUGGCCAUAGGGCCGGAAAUAAGGCGCACGGCCAUGGACGGGAGGCGGUGGUGGCCAAACCUAAGCACAAACGAACCGAUUACCGGCGGCGCUGGAAGUCCUCAGCCGAGAUCUCGUACGAAGAGGCCCUGAGGACCCGUAGGGCUCGCCGGGAGCACGGGGGUGUGUACCCUGUACCUGUGCCUCUGCCCUAUGCCAGUCCCUAUGCCUACGUAGCCAGUGACUCUGAGUACUCGGCUGAGUGUGAGUCCCUUUUCCACUCCACGGUGGUGGACACCAGUGAGGACGAACAAAGCAACUACACCACUAACUGCUUCGGUGACAGUGAGUCCAGUGUGAGCGAGGGUGAGUUCGUGGGCGAGAGCACCACGACCAGCGAUUCGGAAGAGAGUGGGGCCUUGAUUUGGUCCCAGUUUGUCCAGACUCUCCCAAUUCAGACGGUUGCGACUCCGAACCCUACAAAAACCUUUGUUAAAAUUAAGGCUUCUCAUACCCUCAAGAAGAAAAUCCUCCGCUUUCGGUCUGGCUCUUUGAAACUGAUGACGACGAUCAACUGAUUACUAUAGAUGAAAUGAAGCCCAGAUCCUUACAAAAAGGCUGAUGGACUGAGAGACUAAAGAGAGG